CUCUUCUGUCUCGUCUCUGUCCGCGCUGCCGGCUAUCCAUCUCCGCUGAGCACGACAGCACCGUCCCCAGUGGCAACUCAAUCGAAGCCGAUCCAGAGUCCAGACUAACCUCUUGGCCUCCGCUUGUUCCGGCCAUGUCGCGCUUCUUCCGCGGCGCCGCCCUCACCGCUGCCGCAGCGGUUGCGGGCCUGUCCUCUGCAUUCUCGCGGAGCCUCAUUUCGCCCCUCCCCCUUGCGGCUUCUCCCUCUUCCCCGUCGACGCUCAUCGCGGCCUCCGGUCACCUAGCCCUCGUACGCGCGCACCCAGGUCUUCGCGAGCUCGACGCCAUGCUUACACCGGCCUCCUUCCUCGUUGACGCGACCCAGGCGUUCCUCAUUGUCGCACUGCGCUGUCCGCCUAUCUUCCCCGAAACGAUCCGCCGGAGCCCGGAAAGCCUCGCCGAGCAGAUCCUGUCCGCAGAAUCGGAGGGCCACACCGCGAUGGAGGAGGCAGCCUUGAAGGCCCGGACCAUCAUGGCACUCAUGGAUGCGCGUGAAGGCCGCCUCGACGACGCGCUCGACGCCAUCGUGCUCCUCGCCGCGGAGCGCCCAGGCGACACCACCUUGCGCCUCUAUGCCGCCGCGCUCUGCUACGUGCUAAGCCGCCACGAGGAGGGGGGGCAGUGGCUACAAGAUUCCGCCGUGCCCGACCUCUCCCGCUACGAGCACAAGUUUCAUUUCGUGGAGGCCGUCCUUAACGCCGCGAUCGGUUCCGCGCCGCGCGCCGUGGUGGGCUCGGAGGAGCUGGUCUUGGUCAGCACGCUCUGGCUGCUCGAGAUGUCGAUGUGGUCCAUUUUCACGCACGGUAAUCUGCGGGAGAGGCUUCUGGUGUUAGCGAUGAUGGCAUUCCUGCGGGGCGUCGUGGCGAGGAAGUUACACAGAGAUGAUGGUCCAGCAACGAAGCAGGGAUCUUAGGAGGCCACCCCAAACUAACUAGGUGAAUUGUCUUUAGAACUCCAUUCACGUUUAGGUGACCGUGUCUGGAAAUUCAUUGGUUAAGACGGAGUAUUGAAGUCAAGUGGUGAUCACUUAAUCAUUAGCUGUUGUUGAAGUGUUGUGCAGAAAUCCUCAACCAAAUGCAUAUUGUCCAAAUUUGACUUUUAUCUUGGCGCUGCCGUUAUAUUCCAUAGACUGGUACGAAAGUAAUGCAUUCAUGCCUUCGCUGGUUUCGCAGCCAAGGUGCGAAUAGCAAUGUUAAAAAGCUGUAUGGAUUGUUAGAAUUACAUUCAUAUGCUUGGAGGUGUCAUGAUAAUCUUUUACUCUUCAA